GAUAGGGAGGUUACUGAAAAGUAUGUGAGAGAAAGGGUCACAAACAGUAAUCGCGUCACUGUCUGGAGAUACUUGACUUAACAUUUUGGACAUUAACAAGGAAACACGAACGACGAGUACUGUAUCUUCAAAUGUGACAGAUGUUUGUUGUAAGAGAUGUCACAAAUUGAUAUUCAGGAUUUAUUUAACAAAAGCAGGUUUCCCAGUGGUUGGCGCCUUCUACUUGUAAUCUUAUAUACGCCAAUAGGAUUUGUACUUGUGUUGCUGCGACUGUUGGUGGUAUUGCUGUCUUGGCUUCUAGCAUCGCUACUACCUGAUUGCAAUUCUCUUCGAACAUUUUUAAGUUAUGGUAUUAGGAUUGCUUUUGGUAUCGUAGUUAAAAUCGAUACCGACAGUGAACCCAGAGACAAGCAAUCGAGGAUAAUAAUCGCCAAUAGUGUAUCAGUUCUGGAUCACUUCGUUCUACGUCGUACGACAGAGACGGUAAUCCCUAGCGUUUGGGAGCUACCUACUGCCUUGAGUAACGCGCUGGGAAUUCAAAAAAUGAAUAUGAGCAAUAAGGAGAUACUAAUUGCCAACAUAAAGCAAUUUCUUUCCACUUCCACCUAUAGUGUGUCUGUGCAGCCUGAAUUUGGUACAACUAACAAUCGAGUCGCUCUGUUGAAAUUCAAUUCCUGGCCGUUCAGUAUAGAAACGUCUGUCCAGCCAGUUGCCAUCAAAGCAUCAAGAUCAGAACUUGUACCUGUGCAGCUUACCUCAUUAGCUUCAACAAGGUUGACAGAAGCAUUUUGGUUUAUGUUUGUGCCCUAUACAGUUUUCACACUCAAGUACCUGAAAAUCAGACGAAACUCUGAUCACGAGAUACUUGUGCGAGAUGUGGAAAAAGAUAUCGCGGAUGCUCUGAGACUUCAGACAUGUUCUCAUACUGUAUCAGACAAAAUUGAGUAUGAAAAGCGCUAUCGCACUCACAGGAUACUCAGUAACGCGCGUCCCAUCAGAACGCCAAACUCACAAGUUAUACAUAGCAUAGAAAUACAAAGGAUGGUUCAUCAAGUCAGUGAAGUACUUCCAUUGGUUCCACAGAAUGUGAUUCUACGAGAUCUCAUGAAAACUCGAAAUGUUGACAUUACGAUCGCCAAUAUUCUUGAUGGCAUAGUUACUUAUACUCCAGAACCUAAUCCAUCAGCUCAAUCAUCUGUAACAUCGUCCAGUGCAUCUUCAAGUUUUGCAAAGGAUAAAGGAUUGGGUACUACUUCCUUCCAAGAGAAGAAAGCUAAAAUGAUACAAGAAGCCAGGGAAAGGUAUAUUAAAAAACAUGGACUGAUAAAUUGCUGACAUUCUUACUAUUAUUUUAUUCUGGUUAUAACACUGUCAUAAUAACAUCUAUAUAACAUGUUUUACUGUUCAUGUAUUAUAUUUACUAUUACUUCAUGUGUGAAUACAUCUUUAUUUCUAAAAUAUGAUCACACGUAAUUGUACAAAACCUAUCCAUUAUAAUCAUAAGCAAUACUUUAUAGAAGUUUUUAAAUAAUGCAAUUAUCAGUUAUGUAUUAUAUAAUACGGUUAUCAAUCAUAAUAAUGGAAUUACUCGCUUGAGCAGCAGGGAGAUUUAAGACUUUUAUAUCGAAUUUUCAAUUAUUUCAUUGUAGUUAAACAAAAUGUUAUAGAA